AUGGUGAGUCAAGCAUCCGAGCUAGCGCUGGAGCUGAGCGGGAAAAUUCGACAGUUGGACUUAGUCAAAAAUCGCGUACUGGAAUGCGUUUCCAAAUUGGACGAUAUCAUAAACCUGAAACAAUGCGCAUCCAAUGCCGAAGUGGCUUUUCGUGAGGAACGAUAUGAGGAGGCAGCUGGAUAUGUGAACACAUUUCUCAAAACGAAGAAAAAUGUUAUUGAACUGACAGAGAAAAUCACAUCCGAUACUCAAACACGCAAUUCCGUGGGCAUUCUGGAUAAAUGUCGUGAGCAGCUGGCUGUGAUCGCUGAACAGCGGUUCGAUCAAGCUGCCAAAAUGCGUGACACCGCGGUGAUUGAACGAUUCUGCAAAAUCUUCCCACUGAUCGGUAAACACGAAGACGGGCUCAAACGAUUUGGUGAUUAUUUGUGCGUGACCAUCCGUCAAAAAUGUAAUGGAUUAAUCAGUUUGGCCGAGGUAUCGGACGGAAAAGAACAGACAACUGUCUGUUUGAAUCUGUUGACAGAAAUUUUCGAGUUCAUUGCGGAAACUGUUGGGGAUAACCAAGUUUAUGUUGAAACCUAUUUUGGUAAGUGGUCCUGUGGAUUUGACUGCUGCCGCUUUUUCUUGGGACUACCUCGCAAUCCCCACCCGAAGAUUUUGGCUAGAAAGCCAGACCUGCAGAACAGCAGGACGGAGCUCAGAGUCCACAGUCCAUUGGGGGCCGGUGUCCAGUCAUCGGAUCAAACGCUCUCUGGAUGGGGUCACAAGUCCAAAGUGUCCAAUUCACUCCGAUGCACAAUGGAGCCGGUGACCACUGCCACAACCAGGAAGGUGUGCGUGUGUGCAGUUCGUACACCUCUUCUUGGUUGGUUUGGAAUGAUGGUUUUUGGACAACUCUCUUAG